UCACUGAAGGCCAUUUACCUGUCAUCAGCCAAAAGACACUCGAGGUAGGAAAUGGAGAUAAGGAAAGUACACAGCAAAAACUGAAUUAACCUACACAGUUAUAUUAACAAAACAAGCUCCCUCUGAUACUCCUGUGAACUCGAGGGAACUUGGAAGAUAAGAGCCACAGAAGAGAGAGUAAUUCUUGUUGCUGACAGCUGGCAACACUGGAAGGACCGCUGAGGAACUUCAUAAGAGGGUGAGAGGUUGAUCACAGAGUGAGAGAGACGGGGACUGACACAGAGCCAGAGUGCAGGAGGAGGAGGAGGCGGAGGAGCGGGAAAGGACAAUCGCCAUGGCGACGGACCCGGGAGAGCCCACUGCCACAGAGGAAUCCUCCGGAGAGAAACCUGAUGGAAAGAGGGAGGAGGAGAGUGACCAGGGGAACAGGGCUGCCCAUGAGAGAGAAAGGAUUCACAGCACUCCAUCUGACUUCCCCUCCUCACAGACCCAGGAAAGGAGAGCUUGGGGCGCAGGAGGAGGAGGUGGUGGAGUGGAGGAUGGUAAAGAAACAGAGGUGCCGGCCAAACCUCUGACCUUCUUCAUGCCCUCUUCCCCAGCUGCCCACGAACCAUGUCGGAAACGGGAGAACAAGCGUUUUUUCCGGAAGAGCGUGGAGAUAUGCGAACAGGACGAUGAGGUGGAAGAAACCAUCAGCGCCCCUCAUAGUGCCCCUCACCUCGAGUUUUGUGCCUCCGACUCUGUUUUUACCAGCGGAGCCCAGCAGUUACCCGCCAGUGCCUCGGCUGCCUUGAGUGAGGAUGGCACUCAUGGCACGCAGGAUCCUGAUAAGACCGGCCUUACGACGUCCGCUCUGAAGGGGAAGGAGAGAGAUAGAGAACAGGAAGAAGAGGCCGAGAUGAAGGCCGUCGCCACUUCACCCAGUGGCCGCUUUUUAAAAUUUGACAUCGAGCUUGGCAGGGGAGCAUUCAAAACCGUUUACAAAGGCCUGGACACAGAAACCUGGGUGGAAGUUGCCUGGUGUGAAUUGCAGGAUCGAAAGCUGACCAAAGCGGAGCAGCAGCGUUUUAAAGAGGAGGCUGAAAUGCUGAAAGGUCUACAGCAUCCCAAUAUUGUGCGUUUCUAUGACUCCUGGGAGUCUGUUCUUAGAGGCAAGAAGUGCAUUGUCCUGGUGACUGAGCUCAUGACCUCAGGAACGCUCAAAACGUACCUUAAGCGCUUUAAAGUGAUGAAGCCCAAGGUUCUACGCAGCUGGUGCAGGCAAAUCCUAAAGGGUCUACAGUUCCUACACACCCGCACGCCACCCAUUGUGCACCGUGAUCUCAAGUGUGACAAUAUCUUCAUCACAGGCCCGACCGGUUCAGUAAAGAUUGGUGACCUAGGCCUUGCCACCUCAUGCGGACAUCGUUUGCCAAAA